GUCUGGAGUACGGGGGCACUUUCAGGGUCGUCUGGUUCGAGCACGGAGAAACGAAUGACGGAUGACUUGAGCAGUGAGACAAUAGUGUUACGAGGAGCUUCUUUGUUCUUUUUUUUCUCUCUAAAAAACAAACAAGCAAAAAUACUUCUCUAGUGUUGUUAGUUUACUGUCCCUGGAUUAUUUCUUUGUACUUUGUUCUUUCUCUGUCGGACCAGAGAACUUGGUUUUCCAGGAGUGUCAUCUUUGUGUUUCUGACAUGUCCCUCAGCCGCGUUGUUGCUGUGUCCAUUUUACUCCUCACAGCCGGCUCUGGUGCAACGGUGCAUGACGGCUACAAUGACUUUCAAGAGGAAGACUACACUCCUCACCUAGACUACAACGACCCUCACUGGUGUCACUCUCCGGGUCUGACCAAUGGGGAGGUGACCUGCCACUCCCCUCGAGGAGGGGCGCACCGGAGCACGCUGGGCACCCGCUGCGAGAUGAGCUGCGACCGAGGAUACCGACUGCUGGGGAGGAGCUCCAUUCAGUGCCUCGCCAGCCGCCGCUGGUCUGGGACGGCCUACUGCCGCCAAAUGCGUUGCCGUGUGCUGGCCCUCAUCCCGCACGGCCGAUACACCUGCACUCAUGGCUUCGUGGUGGACUCCAGGUGUGACUUCACCUGCGACCCCGGCUAUCGCAUCGAGAGGGAACACUCGCGCACCUGUCAGCACGGCGGGUCGUGGAGCGGAGCACAGCCAGAUUGUUCAGAUAUGGAUCCUCCAAAGAUCAAGUGUCCCCCGUCCAGGCUCAAGGUUGCAGAGCCAGGAAAACUCACUGCCAGGGUCACGUGGGACCCCCCCGCUGCUACAGAUACCGCUGACAAAUCGCUCGAUGUAAUAUUAGUGGGCCAGGAGCCAGGCACCGACUUUAACGAGGGACUAAAUAUAAUCCGAUACAAAGUGUAUGAUCAAGCCAGGAACAGGGCCGCCUGCAAGUUUAUUGUCCGUGUCGAGGUAAGACGAUGUACGCUGCUUCCUCCACCUCUGCACGGCUCCCUCACCUGUUCCUCUGACGGGAAUAACUACGGUGCAACGUGUGAAUACCACUGUGAGGGAGGGUACGAGCUGAAGGGGGCAUCUCGUCGCGUCUGCCAGUUCGGCCGCAACUGGGACGGAAAUGCUGCCGAGUGUGUUGCAAUGGAGUUUAAAUCAGACGUAAAAACAGUCUCGGCUCUUCUGGAUCAGUUCUACGAGAAGAGGAGGCUGUUGAUCAUCUCUGCACCCAACACAUCUGACACCGACUACAAACUGCAUAACAUCAUGAUACAAAAAUCAGACUGUGGAUUGGACCUGCGACAUGUGACCGUGAUCGAGCUCCUGGGCUCCCCGCCUCGUGAGACGGGUCGCAUUAAAGAAAGUCUGCUUGGCUCUGAAGUCAUCGAGGGUUUGAGACAAGCAUUCAGAAUCUCCAGAUCCUACUUCAGCAUGGUGCUGCUGGACAAGCUUGGGAUGGACCGAGAGCGCUUCAUCACCCCAAUGGCGUCGGACGAGCUGUUCUCUUAUAUCGACAGCUUUCUGCUGGAUGAAGAGGAACGAGAGAGGCUCGAGCUCCACAGAGACUUCUGUGACUAACUUAAUAAAACCCUCUGGUUGCCACAGCGAGGAACUCAUCAGUGUUACGAUAACAAUGUGAGGAUGGACAAAAAAAACCCAGAGACCAGGUCCAGAGGAACAUUAGGAGGGAGGAGAAAAAAAAGGAUCAUGUUCAAAUGUGAUUAUUCAACAACACUGAAGCAAGGUCACGGUAUUCUCGAUAUAAAGUCAUCAGUUGGGGGGCAGAGUUCACCACAGACAUAGAAAAGAGCAAAGGUUUAGAGAGAAACAGUAAACAAAGAACCCAUUAGUAACCCGAUAUUUAAUGAGACCUAAAACACCUAAAUGAUAAGCACCAACCACCAAGGAACCGACUGUUCACCCUCCAUUGAGAAAAUAGACAAAUUCAAAAAUUUCAAAUAAGGCUUUAUUCAUUUUAUAUAAAUAUAGUUGUACUUAAUAGUACUAAUGUAAAAUAAAAUGGUAUAGAUUGAACGAAGCACAAUUUGUUGAAUGCAACACCACAAAUUCUUUGGACAACUAUUAAGAACCGUGCGCCAGACUUGUGCAUGAUUUGAAUCGCAAUAAUAGGCCCUAUAUGUAGACUGAAUUAAAAAAAGGAAACAUAAAAUGACUGUGUCAACGCUCUUGAAACGAAGAGUUAGUGUUGUAUGCUUUGGCACAAAUUUUUAGCAGUAACACCAGUCUGCAGUCAUGGUUGUGUGGAGAAGGAGCAGGUGUGAACAGAUGCUUGGUGAACUAUGAGUCAAAGAGUUUCAAAAUAAUCUCACAUUUCAUCUCAGAGGUCACAGCUUCUCCCCCCGAGUCAGUCUCUUUUCUCUGAAGGUCCAGGCCCGCACUGCACUGCCAUCCUCAUUUGCCCUUACCCUCCUGCAUAGUUGAUCGCAGUGGAAGAGUGCCCUCUGCCCACGAGUCGGGGUACUGCAUCAUCUUCUCCCACAGACUGACCUCCUCUCCAACAGAGUCCAUUUCCACUUCCUCCUUUCCAAUUCGAAUGGUGCCUGCAGGGGUGAAGAUUAUACAACAAAUGCAUAAUUACUGCGGAGUUAUCCGUUAUUAUAAUGAUGCUAAAUUCCUUUAACACUUGUCACACUGGGGAAAAGGCGUGGACGCUUUGUGGGGUCUUCAGCAUAAAAUACAUUUUAUUCUCAGAGGCAAUUUAUUCUUUGGCAAUAAAACAAUUUCAAGUAAAAAUGA